AUGCUCAGUAACAAGACUUUUCAUACUCUUCACGGCACCGGCCGCUCAGCCACUGGCCGGCUUGGAGCUCGUCGCCAGCUCCAUCUCGACAGGAUGGGUGGCGCCGAUCUGCUCACCAAGCAUCUUCCAGAGGGAACUCGUAUCUCAGUCGCUGGCCCCGGCCAAGGCAUCUGGGGUGUGCCCAUCAAACUCGUCGCGUGCCGCAAGCGCAACGUCCCCGUGCUGGAGGGCACGACGCGCGAUGGCCGCUCACACGUUCUCGACCUCGACAUUCUUCAACGGGGGCUUCCAUCCGGCACAGACGCUUGGCUCGCACAGGUCGGUGUGAGCAAGGCCGACCGUCCAGAGGCUGCCAAGCAUAUACAGGGCCUGUGGACUGCGUGGCGCGACAAUGGCCUUCUCCGCGUGACGGGCAACCUGCACUCGUGGCUCAAGCCGGAGAUGACCGGCGUCCAUGUUGUGGCGGACGACUUUGCGCUCAAGACCCAUCCUGGGAUCGAGCAGCUGGGCGAUACCGACCUCGUCCACCCCCUCGAGCGUGUCGCGGCCGAGGGCUCGCUCUUCUACCACAAGAACCGCAACGGCGGCAACAUUGCGUGCUACGGCUACGGUGCCGGCAUUGCCAUGAGCACCAACGACGCACUGGUAGCUGCUGGUGGCAUGCCGGCCAACUUCCUCGACGGCGGCGGCGGCGCGACCGAGGCCAACGUGCGCGCGGCCAUGGGCGUCAUCCUCUCUGACCUGGACGCCAAGGUGCUCUUCAUCAACUCGUUUGGCGGUAUCACCAAGAUGGAUCUGCUCGCGCGCGGUAUGGUGGAGUGCAUCACCCGCUGGAAGCAGGAGGGCCACAAGGUGCCGCCUGUGAUUGCACGCUUGAGAGGAACGGGAGAGGACGAGGCGCGCCAGAUUCUCGAGGAGGCCGCCAUCCCCGAGAUCAAGUGCUUUGCCGACCUCAAGCCCGCCGCCGAGGAAGCGGUCCGCCUCGCUGGCGGCAAGGGCCCUGGGCCCACCAAGGCUGCCCCCGUGCACACGGUGUCGGCGAGCCCAGUGACCUUUUCGCUGCAAGGACAGUACGAGAAGACGCUGCGCAACCUCGUCGUGAAGGAGAACGACCCCGUCAUGGUCGUGGGCAUGGGCAAGGCCUCGCACAGCGCCGUCGCCCAGGACUGGGGCACCAACAUUAUCGGCGCCGUCGCUCCCAACAAGGGUGGCCAGACAUUCCUCAGCAAGCCAACGUACGGCAGCGUCAAGGAGGGCGUGGACAUGCUCAACCCGCGCAUUGCGUCCGUCUUCGUACCGCCCGCCGCGGCCGCCGACUCGAUCAUCGAGUGCAUCGAGGCUCAAGUCCCGCUCAUUGUGUCGUACGCUGAAGGUGUACCGACGCACGACCAGUUGAGGGGCACGUCGCGCCUCGUCGGCGCCAACUGCCCCGGCGUCAUCUUCCCGCACCAGCGGGUCAAGCUCGGCAUCCAGCCUCUGCGCGUGCACUCGCCCGGAUCAGUCGGUAUCGCCUGCCGCUCGGGCACGAUCUCGUACGAGCUCGCGGCGCAGACGACGGCCCUGGGUCUCGGCCAGAGCGCAGUGUACGGCCUCGGCGGCGACCCAUUCCCGGGCACGCGGACGUGGGAGGCGCUGCAGCUCAUGCUCGAGGACCCGGCGUGUAAGCUCGUCGUGCUCGUCGGCGAGGUCGGCGGCCAGAUGGAGGAGGAGGCAGCCGACGUGUACCGCUCGUACCUCGCGUCUGUGCGUCCCGGCCAGACGGCCAAGCCCGUCAUUGGGUUUGUCGCGGGCGCGUCCACCCAGCGUGGGCUCGUGUACGGCCACGCCGGUGCCGUGUGGUGGAACCCCGAGGAGACGGCCGAGGCCAAGCGCCAAGUGUGGAAGGACGCCGGGUUCGUCGUCGCCGACACGCUCGGUGACUUGGGUCCGCUCAUUAGCGAGGAGGCUGCCAAGCUGCGUCUUUGA